AUGUCCUCAGCUCAUACAUAUCCCGCUCAAUGUGCCAUACCAAGUGUUGGCGCGGUCAAUAGUUUGGUGACCAUUUUGGUGGAGGGUAUCCUAGCUGCUCAAUGCAAUAUUUCCAGCCCAACUACUUGGCCAGAGGACUAUGCUGAUGAGAUUUUGGUGAAGGGUUUGGAAAAUUUUGAUUUUGUGGUUAUCGGUGCGGGUUCUGCAGGAUCAGUGGUGGCCAGUCGUCUAAGUGAAAAUCCCCAAUGGAAGGUCUUAGUUUUGGAAGCAGGCGGCGAUCCGCCACCGGAAUCAGAGGUCCCUGGUUUAUUUUUCUCUCUGAUGCAUACCAAUUCCACAUUUUCCUAUUACCCUGAGCCCAAUGGCCGUUCCUGCAAGGCCAUGAAAAACGAACAAUGCCACUGGCCUAGAGGUAAAGUCUUGGGAGGCACCGGAGCCAUUAACUCCAUGCUGUAUGUGCGAGGUAAUCGUGCUGAAUAUGAUCUUUGGUGUGCUGCAGGCAACGAUGGUUGGUGUUACGAUCAGAUAUGGCCAUAUUUUCAAAAGGCUGAAACUCCGGCAGAAGAUAAAAGCAAUCCUCAAGGCUAUGUUGUGGUGGGGAAUUAUGAAGAACAUGAUGGUGAUAUACAAGAUAUGCUGCUAAAAGGAUCUAAAGAAUUGGCAAUACCCCAGGUGAAGGAUUUUGUGGAGGGCAGCUAUGUGGGAUAUGCUCAAAUCAAAGGUACCAUAGAUCAGGGGCAAAGGGCAAGUUCAGCCAAGGGUCAUUUGGCCAGAGUAAGCAAAAGAUCCAAUUUGAAAGUGAUGAAAAAUGCCCAGGUGACUAAAAUCAAUUUCAAUGACAAAGGAGAUUUAGUGGAAACUGUGGAGUUUAGAUUGAGAAACUCCCAAGACUUGAAGUUGAAAGUAGGCAAAGAACUGAUAUUGUCUGCAGGCUCCAUUGACUCAGCCAAAUUGUUGAUGCUAUCCGGUGUGGGACCCAAAAAGGUAUUGGAAGCCUUGCAUAUACCCUUAAAGCACGAUUUACCUGUGGGUAAAAAUCUACAAGAUCACAUAGUUGCUCUGGUAUUUUUCCGCAUACCUGCUGCUAUGGCAGAUCCCAAAGCCCUGCUGGAUGAGAUCUAUCAAUAUGUUAUACAUCAUCGAGGACCCUUAAGUUCAGUGGGCACGGCCCCUCUCACAGCAUUUCUGCAGACAAACUCUACAGCUUCGCCACUAUAUCCCGAUGUGGAAAUGCAUCAUUUGCUAUUUAGAAGAGGAAAUAACCAGGCCUUGGAGUUAUACCUCAAAGGCUUGGGGGCCCAAGAGAAAUAUAAGGAAUUUUUGCAACAUCAGCUUCAAGAAUAUGACAUUAUGGCAAUACAUGUGUUGGUUAGUCAUCCAAAAUCGAGGGGUAGCAUAAAAUUGAAAUCCUCCGACUGGAAGCAAGCACCUCUCAUAGAUAGCGGUUAUCUAGAGGAACAGCAUGAUGUGGAUGUUCUUUUAAGGGGCAUUGAUUAUUUGAACCGUUUGGAGGCAACACAUGCUUUUAAGCAAAAGAAGGCUGAAAUCCUUCACAUUCCCAUUAAAAAAUGUGACACAUACUCCUUUAAAUCUCCGAAAUAUUGGAAAUGCUAUAUUGAAUAUUUCUCCAGCACUUGUUAUCAUCCAGUGGGUACUGUUAAAAUGGGAGCUGAAACUGAUAGCACUGCCUGUGUCAAUCCCCAGUUGAGAGUAAAAGGUGUGGAAAAUUUAAGAGUGAUUGAUGCCUCCAUAAUGCCUUGGAUUUCUAGUGGCAAUACCAAUGCUCCCACCAUAAUGAUAGCCGAGAAGGCAGCGGAUAUGAUUAAAAGUCAAUGGCAUGGUGAUAAAACGAAAAGUGAAUUGUAA